UCAUGUACGGUUACGCAUUAGUGGUACUAUGAUGACGUGCUGCUAUAGCUGGAAUUAUUUAAGCAUUUACAGGUUAAUCUGAUCGUACUCCUAACACAACAAAAAAUUCACAAACGAACAUGGCAAUGUUGUACUCCCCAACUCCUUCUACCAUAACGAAACGAUGACAGGGCUGGCGGGGACCCAUCUGCAGCAGGACGACAGGGUCCGACUCACCUCUUCUGUUAAUUCAGGGAAAGGUCAGCCACACAGCGAUCCUAAUGAACCACGACGGAAAUCCUCUCUGGAAGCUCUGACGUACCGUCAGCUUAUUCUUUAUAUGGGAUUUCAGCAUGUACUCAUCAGCAUGGUGGGUUCGUUGCUCUUUUUCGUUUGGGGGAUUACAUAUAUCGGCGUUGCACUGAUGGGAUGGGAAAUCACAUGCGGCGUGUUAUUCUUUAUCGGUUACGGAGUCUUACAAAUUCUACCUUUGGAAACAUAUGGCAGCAGCGUAUCCAAAACAGUUGAACGUCUAUUAAAUGUUUUCGUGCUGGUGACCAUGCUUUCGGUACUGCUGGCCACGGGCACGAUGACAUAUGGCAUCUUCAUCGCGUCGACGAUCACCAGCUCUAAUCAGACAUCCCUGGAAGCGGACAUCACCUUUGCCGCCGGUCUGUAUGCGGCGUUGCUAGGCGUGACGAUAUUGGCCGCUAAAGUCUUUUUACUGAAGAAACUCAUCGAGUAUUUGAUUGUGCUAAGGAUAGCCAAUGCAAUGCCGUCGCAGAAUCUGACCGAUCAGCAUAAGAUUGCAGUUUCUACUGCCGCACAAAAAUAACUACCGA